ACCCCGUCCACAAAAACAACAGAUUGCCACGACCUCUCCUCGUCCACACACGCCCAUCGAUAUCUCUUCUUCUCCCGCUCCUACCAGCACCAGCCAAGUACACACGGCAAGGAAGCCAAGAAAUACAGUUCCUACUCCUCCUCCUCCCCUGCAGUUGCUCCUCCGUUUCCGGUUAGCUAGCAGUCUGCGCACCAAGGGAAGGGAGAUUCUUGGGUUGGUUUUUCGGCGAAGAUGGUUUCCCCCAUCGUGAUCGCGUCGGCGGGGCUCGGGAUGCUGGCGGGCGUGGCGGUGGCGAACCGGGCUACGGGCGACGGGCUGCCGGCGGCGUCCAGGUGGGACGCCCGGCCCCGUUGCUCCACGUGCAGCGGCACCGGCCGGGAGGAGUGCCUCUGCAGCCGCUGGUCCGACGGCGACGUCGGCUGCGGGACGUGCUCCGGCUCCGGCCGCAAGCGGUGCCGCAGCUGCGGAGGCUCUGGCACCGGCCGGCCGCUCCCGGCGCGGCUCAUCGUCCAGCAGCAGAAGCUGCCGACCGCGCGCGGGCGAGGCGGGGACUACAACUGAUAUUCAUCGGUUUCCACGAGGAAAUCGUAAGUGUAAUUAAGCAGAACAUAGCACACCCGUAUAUGCAACGCGUCCAUUUCUGUGUAUGUUUAUACGUUGUCUCCUUCAAAGAGUAACUAGUUAAGUAGUUAUAAAAAGUCCUUGGGACCAUAGAUUUGGCAGUAAUAAGGACGAAAGCAUGCAUCAAACAGUUUCGAGCUUCCUUGGAUUCAAAGAAAUUUUACAGAAUUUUCGGAGGAUUUAAAUCUUCAGGAA